AUGUGCACUGUGCACUCCAUUGACUCUGAGUCGAUCUUUUUCAAGAGGAAGCAUGCUGACCGCAGAGAUGCCACCAGAGCUGAAGCUACUGAAAUCGGGAAUGGGACCAGGAUACAAGUAGACGGUGGGGUCCCCUCUGUACUCAACCCGGCGCUCAUGGCUCUGAUGGUGUUGAACGUGGUUCUGGUGGCAGCUGUGGUGGUGCUGGUGCGGCUGGUCUGCAUCUACAGAAGGACCCAGCUCACAGGCAGAGAAUCCAGUCGCGGCUCUUCUCAGGCAGAAGACGAGGUGACUUAUGCAGGAGUGAAUGUGGUGCCCUCUAGCGCCUCCUGCAGGUCCACCUCUGUAACAACGGUGCUCUACUCUGAAGUGAGGAGCCGACAGGACAGAAGCUAA